UGCAUUGUGUGAACAGUAUGUUAACUUUGUAUACAGGCAUUACGUUUAGCUGAACACGAUCAUUUGUUUUCCUUCGAAACAUCAGCCUUAAAAUAUAAUGUAGUUCUCAACAUCAUGAAGCUGUCAACUUCUGGGGAAAAGGCUUUUUGGAAUUAUCUCAUAGUCCUGGUGUUCUUAGUAGCUGUGUCAAUAUUUUUCACUCAACAUGAUAUGAAGUUCGUGAUAUUUGACACAAUGUCAACUAUGUUCCUACCAAACUUCAACAAAAGUUUUGUACCAAACUCCAACAAAAGUUUUGUACUAAACUCCAACAGAAGUUUUGUAGAGAAGGAUACAAUUUCUGAUAAAAGGAUUUUAAUUCUCAUCUACAACACACCAUCUUAUUUAACAACAUUUAUAAAUUAUUUCAACAAAAGAAAGUGUCCAAAAAUGUAUAAUUGUUUUGUUACUCAAAAUAUGAAAGAUUUUCAAAACAGUAGUGCUGUGAUAUUUAACAUAGAAACGUUGCCCAAGUCACCACCACAAAAAUUCAAGAAUCAGUUUUGGAUAUUCCAUAGUAUGGAACCAGCGACUUUGAUGAAAAGACCAAAAAACCAUUGGAAUGGAUUAUUUGACUAUACGAUGUCUUUUAGACGUCACUCCGAUAUCUUUCGACCUUAUGGACGUAUUAAGCGUCGACAAAAGGAAAUAAAGAGAAACUACAGUGAAAUUUUCCGAAAGAAAACUCUUGAUGCAGUAUGGAUGUCAGGACAUUGUCCUGUUCCCUCCAAACGGAAAGCACUUGCACAGGAAAUAGGAAAAUACGUACACGUAGAUAUUUUUGGCAAAUGUGGCACUAGAAUGUGUGGAAAUCCAACAACCCUUUUCAGCGAAUGUCUCAUAAAUGUAUCACGUGAUUACAAAUUUUAUCUGGCGUUUGAAAACACUAUUUGUCCCGAUUACACAACCGAAAAGUUAUAUAACUUGUAUUUAUAUGAUCUUGAAAUCAUUCCUGUAGUUAAUGGACCAUCCAAUGUUGCAGACUAUUUACCCAAUGGAACGUAUAUUAAUGCCUUACAAUUUGCAACUGUUACGGAUCUUGCUAAUAUGCUGAUUGAUAUAGGUUCCAGUGAAGAAAAAUAUACUAAUUAUCUAAAGGAAAAGGACAAGUAUUAUGACGUUGGCAAUGCAGAAAUUUUCUCCGAUGCAAUAUGUCAAUUAUGCGAAAAGCUUACAAUGCAAAAUCCAAAUGUAGAAACUGAAGAUUAUUGGACCCGCUUGUUAAAAGACAAUUGUUGAUUAAACACAUCUAAGAAUUAAGAA